GCCCACCCAAUGCCACACGGACAUGGGCAUGAGACUGCAGCCCAGCGAUACAGUGCUACACGUAUCCAAGCUGGAUAUGAACCUGAGAGCAUGGCUGACUACUUGAUCAGUGGAGGCACGGGUUAUGUUCCUGAAGAUGGAUUGACAGCACAACAGCUCUUUGCUAUCGGCGACGGACUCACAUACAAUGACUUCUUGAUCCUCCCUGGUUUCAUAGAUUUUACUUCUGAUGAAGUGGAUCUUACCUCUGCACUGACAAGGAAGAUAACCCUGAAGACACCUCUUAUUUCAUCUCCCAUGGACACAGUCACAGAGUCGUCCAUGGCUAUCGCCAUGGCAUUGAUGGGUGGAAUCGGAAUAAUUCACCAUAACUGUACCGCUGAGUUCCAGGCCAACGAGGUGCGCAAAGUCAAGAAAUUUGAACAGGGCUUUAUUACAGACCCAGUGGUGAUGAGUCCUGGACACACAGUGGGGGAUGUGUUUGAGGCCAAGACACGCCAUGGUUUCUCUGGGAUCCCCGUUACAGAGACGGGCAAGAUGGGCAGCAAGUUAGUCGGCAUCGUCACCUCCAGAGACAUAGACUUUCUGUCUGAGAAGGACCACGACAGACCCCUGGAGGAGGCAAUGACAAAAAGGGAAGAUUUAGUUGUUGCACCUGCUGGAGUCACACUAAAAGAGGCUAACGACAUACUGCAACGCAGCAAAAAAGGUAAGCUCCCCAUAGUGAAUGACAGUGAUGAGCUGGUCGCCAUCAUUGCUAGGACUGACUUGAAGAAGAACAGAGAUUAUCCUCUGGCUUCCAAGGACUCACGAAAACAGCUGCUGUGUGGAGCUGCUAUUGGUACGAGGGAGGACGACAAGUACAGGCUUGACCUCCUCAUGCAGGCUGGGGUGGAUGUGGUAGUCCUGGAUUCCUCUCAGGGAAACUCAGUGUAUCAAAUCAACAUGAUAAACUACAUCAAACAGAAAUAUCCUGAACUUCAGGUUGUUGGUGGAAACGUGGUGACAGCUGCUCAGGCCAAAAACCUCAUAGAUGCUGGUGUGGAUGCCCUGAGAGUCGGCAUGGGGUGUGGCUCUAUCUGUAUCACCCAGGAAGUGAUGGCAUGUGGACGACCCCAAGGUACAUCGGUGUACAAGGUGGCAGAGUAUGCACGACGUUUUGGAGUGCCGGUAAUCGCUGAUGGAGGCAUUCAGACUGUUGGACAUGUGGUGAAGGCUCUGGCCCUGGGAGCAUCUACAGUGAUGAUGGGGUCGUUGCUUGCGGCAACCACUGAGGCGCCGGGAGAAUAUUUCUUUUCAGAUGGUGUACGUCUGAAAAAGUACAGAGGAAUGGGCUCCUUGGAUGCCAUGGAGAAAAAUAACAGUCAGAAACGUUACUUCAGCGAGGGAGAUAAGGUGAAGGUGGCUCAAGGUGUCUCAGGAUCAGUACAAGAUAAAGGCUCCAUCCAUAAGUUUGUUCCUUACCUCAUUGCCGGUAUCCAACACGGCUGUCAGGACAUAGGGGCAAAGAGUUUGUCUAUUUUACGGUCGAUGAUGUACUCUGGAGAGCUGAAGUUUGAGAAGAGGACCAUGUCUGCUCAGAUGGAGGGAGGCGUCCACGGCCUCCAUUCUUACGAGAAACGACUUUACUGAGGCAGGAGGAGGAGGAAGAGGAAGCACUCGAGCAGGACCUAUUGUCCCGACACCAGCAGCUAUGAGCAGAUGCACCGGGCGCAUGUGAUCAAACUACAAAGUUGCUGUACAACAUACACACUCUAAAAUCUGACACUGCUUUUCUGUGUCUUCCCCUCUUUGUCAUCUCCAUCCCGUUUCUGAUCCCUUCAAAUCUAGACGAAACAAAUUUAGACGAAACAAUACACUUUCACCUGAUUCUAAAGUACAAACUUUAUACAACAAACAUUGCAGAGGUGCAGCCCUAUAUUUCCACGCUCAUUUAAUGUAUGACUCAAGGUAUUUCUCUUUUUUUUUG